AAUGCAAAGAAAAAUAGAAUGCUAUAAUAAAGGACUAUUUAAUUCCAUGUUAUAAUUUGAACCUAAAUAAAGAUCCAAUGGUAAGACUAGUUUAGGAACUGGAUCUUUUGGAACAGUCAAUUUAGUUUAGAAUAUAAAAUCACAAUAAUUAUAUGCAAUAAAAUCCAUUUAAUAAUGCAAUAUACAAACUCCAUAUGAAUAAGAAGGAGUGGAAAGAGAAAUAAAAGUUCAUUUAAAGUGUAGACAUCCAAAUAUAGUUAAUCUAUAUGACAGUUUUAUUGAACAUGGAAAUGUAUAUAUGGUAUUAGAGUAUGCAGAAAAUGGAAAUUUAUAUAAUUAUGUACAAAAAAGAAAGAGAUUAGAUGAGAAAGAAGCAUGUAAAUAUUUUGUAUAGACUUGUAAAGCAUUGUAAUAUUUACAUGAAAUGAAUGUUUUUCAUAGAGAUAUAAAAGUAUAAUAUAAAAUUUAAUGAUUAAAGCCUGAGAAUUUGUUACUUGAUAAUAAUAAUGAUAUCAAAUUAUGUGAUUUUGGUUGGUGUGCUGAGAAUAUUCAUUUAAAAAGAAAGACAUUUUGUGGUACUUAUGAAUACAUGGCACCAGAAAUUGUAUCUGAUUUGCCUUAUGACUAUAAAAUAGAUAUUUGGUCAGUUGGAGUAUUAUUAUAUGAAUUAUUGCAUGGAUAUGCUCCAUUUAAAGGAAAAGAAUACAAAGAUAUAUCAUAGAAUAUUAAAAAUGGUUUAAUUCGAUAUUCUAGUUCAAUUAAUUAAGAUGCUUAAGAAUUAAUCAAAAAUAUAUUACAAAAAGAUCCUUAAUAAAGACUUUGUUUUAAAGAUAUUUAUUAAUCUGCAUUUGUUUAGAGAUGCUUUCCUUAAUUAUAAACAUGUAAUAUUAUAUAAAUAAUAUAAUAGAAUUGAAAAUAUCAAUAUCUCCUAAAUAAAGUUUAUCUGUGGAUCAAAAUUCAAUUUAAAAAUAUCAAUCACCAUUAAUUAGUCAUAAAUAAUAACCAAAUUGUAGAUAAAAUUAGAAUAAUACAAAUAACAAUAUGAAUAAUUCUUCUUCUUUAAGUAUUAAAUCUCCUAGUAUUUCUAAAACAACAGUAGAUUCUAAAAAAUAAUCACAUAUAUUUGAUGAUAUAAAAAAGAAAAUUAUAUAUGAAUAAACUAGUCCAUUAUAAGAUGCUACAAAUAUGCAUAAAAGAAAUCAAGUUAGUAUGACUAAUUUAAUUAAAAGUUCAAAUACUUAAUUUAAUUAAAUAAAAAGUUCUCAACCAAAAUCAAUAUAAUUUAGUAAAUAUGGUUCUAAAUCAAAAAAUUGUGAUGAGAAUGGACCUGUUAAAUUGUUAGAUUAAUUUAAAUCAAUGCCUUCCUUUACAAUUGAAGAUUAAUAAUAAACAUAUGAAGAAGAACAUAGAUUAAAUUUAAAAACAGAUCGAGUAAAAGGGUAAUAUUAAGUUUUAUCAUUAAUUAGAUUUAAGAAAGAGCCACAAUAAUCAUUAGAUAUUGACAAGAUCUUAAAAAUGUAUCUAAGUAUGUGUAGUAGCAGAUAAUGA